AUGGCGUCCAUUACGUCUGUGCUGGCAGGCCUUCCGUCCAUGGGGUUUGGCAUCGGGCUGUCGCCUCAAGUCGGCAUCGCCCUCGCUCUCACUCUCGUGGGCAGCCUGAGCACGGCUCUUGGCGGUGCUCUUGUGGUGCUGCAAGCCGUACCCGAUAUCAAGCGCCUUGGGCUCCUGCAGGGCUUUGCCAGCGGGCUCAUGCUGAGCCUCACCUUCUUCGAUCUCGUGCCAGAAGCCAUUGACGCCAUCGGCUUUCCUGCUGCCAACCUAUGGUUCUUUGCAGGAGCGCUUCUAUUUGCAACGGUUGUACACUUUGUUCCCGAGCCUUCCCUCGCGCCCGAGCCUUCUGUAGCUCCCGGACCAUCGUCCGAACCUCUAUUGCAAUACUCAUCCGACCCCGUAUCCGAAUCUACGCCCGAGCCUGCAUCCCAACCUACCCCCGAUUCGGACCCGAACCGAGCCUCAGGUUUGCCAAGAGCUGGCUCGGCGGAGCACCCGAACCUGGUCCGAGGCUCAGGCUCGGACAGCGAGAGAGACAGUCGUGUGGAGCGUUGGCUUAGUGGGAUCAAAAGCAGCGAGUGGGAUAGCCGUGAUGGUGUGGGGAGUGGGAAUACUGAUGGUGCUCACGUGGGUGAGGGCGGAGGGAGAGGGGUGGAAGGGGAGGGGGGGGAUAGACGGAGAUUAAAGGGUGGGACGGUUGCAAGAGGAGCAAGGGAUGGGAAUAGGGAGAAGAUGAUAUUUGAUAGCUUUCAAAUACCUCGUGGAGAGAAUAUGGAGCAGGGAAAGGGAGUGUGGAGUAGGGGGGAGAGGGAGCAGCGAGAGAGGGGGUUGGCAGGGAGGGAGGAGCGAGAUGGGGGGGUUGCGGAAAGGGAGGUGGGGGAGCGGGAGAUGCAGAGGCGGCGGCAAGCAGUGCUGUGGAGUGGAGUGAUCACAGCCUUGGGAAUCAGCCUGCACAACUUCCCAGAAGGCAUCGCUGUGUUUCUUGGCUCCAUGAAGGGUCUGCGGGUGGGAAUCAGCCUGGCAGUGGCCAUCGCGCUACACAACAUCCCAGAGGGCCUAGCAGUCGCCCUCCCUAUCUACUUCGGCACGCGCAGCCGCUGGGCCGCCUUCCGAGCCGCGGCUCUUUCGGGGGCUGCAGAGCCCCUGGGGGUCAUCUUCGUGGCUCUCUUCUUCCCGGCCUCGCUCGCCCCGGAUAUUAUUGAAGGGCUGCUUGCUGGCGUGGGUGGCAUCAUGGCGUUCCUAGUGCUGCACGAGAUGCUGCCUCUCGCCUUUGAGUACGCGGGCCAUCGCAGGGCAGUGCAGGCCAUGUUCUUGGGCAUGGCGGUCAUGUCCGCCAACCUGCACCUCCUCGCACUCUCUCUCCCGCCAGACAUUUCGCUGUGA